AUGGUCUUUGCUGUGGGGAUUGGAUCUACCCCCGGGGCUUCCAUUAGAAUCACCAAUAAAGGAUUGGCAGUACCAGAUUAUCAAAAAUUUAGUAGUCAAGAAAAGCAGAAAAUGUUUGUAAAUAGUUGCACCUACUAUGGGUUAACCAUGGCUGCCAGCAACCUUGGAGGGUUUCUUAUAACUGGUCUUGCACUUUGUGGCAAAUUAAGUAUUUCUGCAAGUUUUUCUGUUGCUUAUGUUCAUAGUGCUGAAAUUUUUCCCACCAUUAUUCGUAACUCGGCUGUUGGUAUUGUUUCUGUUGCUGCAAGGGUGGGUGGCAUAUUUCUCCCCUUUACCUUUGUGGGUGACUACAUUCCAAAUAUGCAAUUUACUGUCUUUGGUUUAAUGACAUUCUUGGCGGGAAUGAUGAACCUGAAGCUGCCUGAAACGCUGGGGCAACCAAUGCCUGAAAACAUAGCAGAUGUAAUUGCAUUCCGUAAUAGUGAGAAGAUAGUGAAGUCUGGUAAGAAGUACCAGAAACUGACGAUGCUUGAUGAAGAGGUGGGGGCUGAGACUGUAAGGCCUCGCACCCCUACCAGAAAGGGGGAAGUUAGAGAAGACCAGGAACCCCCUUUCUGGAAGAGUAACAGCUGAUGGUCUUUAGAGGUUUUAGACAAAAUUUUUUCCCUGUA